AUGUCAAGCUCGACUCUUGCUGCGGUAUACAACGGGGGUGAGCUUUAUCAGAUUUUCGUGGACCAAGACGGAAACCUGGCCAUUCUAAGUGGCGACCCCGAAGUCACCGAUAAUUUUGUGGGUCCUCACAGAAUUCAGCUUGAGAAACGCUACAUCAAGCCAGACAAAGGCACACAGAUUACCGCAGUCUCAUUCCCACGUUACGACGAAAAAGACCAAAAAAACAUAGUCGAGGCAAGCGGUUCCCUAUAUCAAUAUAGACAGUAUGAUGGGUACUUGGAGCAGAUAACAUGGGACACCAGGCAGGAAGAACUCACCAAGGGCUGGAGUAAAUGGACCUUGGGAAACGAGUUUCGGCCCAUGCUUGGUAGUGGAAUUGAUGCCCGGUACGUGGAGUCGAAAAAGAGAGUAUAUGUGCACUAUAAGGAAAAGGAGGGAGAUAAUGGUUUUGCGUGUGCAUAUGAGGACGACAAGGGCGAUUGGAUACCUAAGUUUCUUACCGCCCAUUAG